UACCGCAUUUAGAAUAUUAGUUCAUAUAGUCAAAUAUAGAUGGCGACACAUUUUUACCAUAUGUUUGUUCUCCGUAGAACAUUUUGUUUACAUUGAAGUUAAUUCUUACCAUAAUUAAUUCUUAUUAAUUGCGCAAAGUUAUCACUCAAUUAUAAUGAUUAGUUCAUCAUCAUCAUCAUCUCCACCACCACCACCACCACCAUCAUCAUCAUCAUCAUCAUCAUCAACUUUACCAUCUGAAUCUGAUGAGGAGGAAUUCAUGAACUAUCUAAGAGAUUUUCUCAAUCAAAGAGGUCCUCUCAAUCAUAAGAUCGAUUUAAUAUUUUCGUUAAUUGAGAGGGUCCCAAGUCUGACUGAGAGAAAGAAGUAUAUUGUGCGAAGGAUUUGCAAGUAUGCUCUCAAUCGUUUAAUCACAGCAAGAGCAACUACAAUAACCAGGAAUCUCAAUUCCAAGAUUGAUGAAUUGGUUGAUCAAUGUAAAGCCAUUGAUGAGCAGUUCAAUGCUGAGGCGAAGAGGAACAUUCAGUUGUUCCAAGAAAAUUGGCUUUUAAAAACAUCUUUACAAAUUUCAGAGGGUGAAGAUGGAUGA